UUGUGGAGUCUCUCACAGAGUCUUACUAUUCCUUCUCCAACGUAAAAACUGCCAAAUGAGACAGACACGGCGUACCGAUCAACGCCUUACGCCUUGUUUGCUUCGCCCCUCAUAUUCCUAAAUCUCUCCGCCUUAUCGUCCGCCAACCUUAAAAUCCAAACAAACACUCCCUCACCACCACAUCUCCGCCAUGAACAACAUCCCCAAUUCAAUUACAGUCCCACCUCCGCCGCAGCCGCAGCCGCCGGCGCCGUCCGGUUGGGACAUCCUCGGACCCGACCUCACAGAACUCAUCCUUUCCCAUCUUUCCGACAUCCCCGCCGUCCUCCGAUCAGCCGCCGUCUGCAAACAAUGGAAUUCCAUCAUCCACUCCCACUCCUUCAAAACCCUAUUUUCUCGCCGGCGCCGCCGCUGGCUCUUCCUCUCCGACGACAAUCACGCCGCCUGCGCAUUCGACCCCGAUUCCGACCGUUGGAUCACUCUCCCUAGUCCGAUCGCACCGUCGAAUUUUCCGGCGAAACUCGACCCUCCGUUUUCCAUGCGCCACCGCGUGAUGGAAACGUACACCGAACCAGGCUGCCCUAAUACUGUCAGGAUCAUCCUCGCCGGCGGCGGCGACGACGGCCUCGCCGCCGAGAUUUACACCGCCGAAUUCAACUCGUCGGAAAAAUUGGCGCCGCUCCCCGGAAUAUUCCGGCCGGCGAAUGGAACCCUCUCCUCAGCAAUACACAACCAAAAAUUCUACGUCCUGAUUUCCCGGCAGGGUUUUCUCUCGUCGUUCGACUUCCGGACAAGGCGGUGGAGCGCCGUCCGGACAGUGAAACCCGCCGGAGCUGUAAUGACGCGCCUGAUUUCCGGCGACCAGGAUCGCCUGAUUUUAGCCGGACUGUGCUGUCUGAACGGCGCCAUGGAAUUCAAUCUGUGGCGAAUCGACGAGGAAAGCUUGGAAUACAGAGAAAUAGCGGCGAUGCCUGAGGAAUCGGUGUCGGAAUUAUUGAUUAGGAAGGAUUCGAUUUGGGGAGAGGAGAGGCUGAGAUUCGCCGGCGGCCGGAAUGUGGUAUACGCGAUGGAGACGGUGAGAGGGGAGAUUUGUGAAAUCCGGUGGAGGCCUGGAAAAUGGUGCAGGUGGAGAAAGAUUCCAAGAUUCCCUGUGGAUGAGGGAAUAUUCCGGGGGGUUUCGAGGUUUUACUGUUCCGGCGUGUCUUUGAAGGAUUUUCUGACGUCGAAAGAGAAGACGUGGCUGAUAGAUAAUAUUAAUGUGGUGGUGGGUUUUUCUUAAGGUAUAUUUAUAUAAUCCCUCCGUCCACGGAUAAAGUAUACGUUUACUUUUUUACGCGGAGUUUAAAAAAUAAUAGUAUUUUAAUUAUAGUGGGUAGAUAAAAGUAGUGUAAUGAUAUUUUUGUCUUUUAAGAAAUAAUAAUAUUUUAAUUACAGUGGGCAGGUAAAAGUAGUGUAAUGACAUUUUUGUAAAAGUAUUUGUAAAAAAAAAUGGGGUAUCCAGUGAAAUAGUUACUUUGUAAUUGGACGUUCCAAAAUAAAAAUAUAUAUACUUUAUAGCUUGGACGU